GUUUAUGUAAACUGCACGAGCUACGUUGUUUCACUACGAAAAAGUAUGGAAGAUAUCUAGCGGCUCUUGCAUGUCCAUUUCCAGCUUGCAUUUCACACCAUUCAAAACUGUUCUCAUCUCAACACAAUAAUAGUGUCCACCAGUAUUCAGUAGACCACAGUGACUUUACAAUUGCGCCUGCAGAUAACACACGGUGAGAAGCACGGAAAAUAGGAACCAUCCACCGAAAAAUGAAAAACAUAUUUCUUGUCACUGUCGUCGGGGCAAUGGUUGCGUUUGUGUGCGUUACUUACGCAUGCAACGAGGCCGUGUGCGCAUCUAUUGUCUCCAAGUGCAUGAUCACACAGUCGUGUAAGUGCGAUAUGGUAAACUGUUCGUGCUGCAAGGAAUGUUUCAGUUGCCUCAACAAUCUGUACAGUGAAUGCUGCUCGUGCGUGGACAUGUGUCCAGAGCCAAAUGUUACUGUUGAUGAAUUGAGUAAAAAAAGUCAAGUUGAAGAUCUGCCAGACUCCGUAGUGACUUUGUUUACUGCUCUUGUUUCGGAACCAGAUACACAACAACGAUGGGAAUCUCUAACAUUCCCCAUCGAUUUAGACAUUGAUAUGUUCAAACCAGAUUUUCAGAAAGACUUCAAGUUGUUGCAAAAAAACUCAGCCCAAGAUGUAUCAUCUACGAAAAUAACACUGAAUUGUUCUGUUGUAUUCAUGAAUCAAUGUUCGUCUUGGACCAAAUGUAAGGCAGAUUGUACAUCAAUGGGUGCUAAAAGCUACCGCUGGUUCCAUGAUGGAUGUUGUGAAUGUGUUAGUGAACUGUGUUUGAAUUAUGGAUUAAACCAGAGCCGGUGUAAGAAUUGCCCAUCAAACGGAGCUGUUAUGCCAACAACAAGUAAUGCUGAUUAUGGUGAUGAUGAAGAUGACGAUGAAGAAAUGAUACAAUAAGUAAUGAAUAUUUAUAACUUAAGUAUUACUUUUAAAUUUGUAUAUAUUUUUAUAUUUUGUUGUUGACUAUCAAAUCAACAAAUCCUACUCUACUUUUUAACUACUUAGAUGAGAAAAUUUACUUGCAUAAACAAAUGCUUUUAGUUGUAAUAUGGUGGAUAAUAUACUGUCAAAUGGUUUAUCGUAUCUUAUUUUGAUUUUAGUACAGACUAUUCUAUUUAUGUUUAGUUAAUCUUAUAUCUUAUAAAUUAUAAUAUUAAAAAUUUGUAUUCCCUUUUAUAUGUUACUGUGUACACUGUACGGAGUUAUUACUAAUCAAA